AUGUUUCAGUCACUUGUAAUUCCAGAAAAAUUCCAACACAUUCUUCGUGUCAUGGGCACGAACAUUGAUGGCAAUAGAAAGGUUAUGUUUGCCAUGACAGCAAUCAAAGGUGUUGGUCGCCGUUAUGCCAAUAUUGUUUUGAAAAAGGCUGAUAUUGAUUUGGAUAAACGUGCUGGAGAAUGUUCUGAGGAAGAAGUUGAAAAAAUUGUUACUAUAAUGGCUAAUCCCAGGCAAUACAAAAUCCCUGAUUGGUUCUUGAAUAGACAGAAAGAUAUUGUUGAUGGCAAAUAUUCGCAGCUUACCAGUUCAUAUCUGGAUUCAAAACUUCGUGAGGAUUUGGAACGAAUGAAAAAGAUUCGUGCUCACCGAGGUUUGCGCCACUAUUGGGGUCUGCGUGUACGUGGUCAACAUACAAAGACCACGGGUCGCCGUGGACGUACAGUAGGUGUAUCGAAAAAGAAGUAAUUUUAUAUUGAUUAUCAAUAAAAUAAUAAAACAGCA